CGACAAACUGAGCAGUAAGCGCUUCAUUGAAGCAUCAGCUGAUUCUUCACCUUCUCAGCACCGCGGACAGCUCCGUUCUGCAGACCGAGCAGAUGGCGACGCUUAUAAAAGCCCGCAUGGAGCCUUUCUGCACCGGAGAUUCACAGAGGCAGCAUGACUCACAGCAUGACUGAAAACAGGCUCCACAUCCUGAACAGAACCGCUCAAGAUGCGUAUUCACAGCGCCAACCGAGACGUUUGGGAUUAGACACCAGCGUAGCCAUUAGGGGGACGUCAGCGGACAUGAAUUCCUCCAAACCCGUAUCUGGGAAGUUUAAUGAGAAAGAAUUAAUGCACGGCUUGAACGACCGCCUUGCGGGAUUCAUAGAGAAGGUGCACCAGCUGGAGCGCCACAACCAUCUGCUGGAGAGAGAAAUCGAAGAGAUCCGAGGGAAAGCAAAGCCCGCAUCGUGUUUGGAGGAGGAGUACGGACCAGAGCUGAGGAAGCUGAGGCAGCUGGUUCAGGACAUCACUCAUCAGAAGCAUCAGAUUGAAAUCGAGCAUCAGAGUCUAGAGGAGGAACUGUGCAGCUUGAGGAGGCAACACGAGAAGGAGUCGCGCAGCAGAUCCGACGCAGAGGGACACAUCAUGGUCCUGAAGAAGGACAUCAGCGACGCGUAUCAGGCUAAACUGCAGCUGGACAAGAAGGCGCAGUCUCUGGUGGACGAAAUCCACUUCCUGAAGAGAAACCAUGAGGUCGAGGUGUCAGAAAUGUUUGACCAAAUACAGGAUGCGCAGUUGACUGUGAGAGCGCACGAAUUUGGUCACCCCGGCGUCACUGCGGCACUCCGGGACAUCAGGACGCAGCUGGAAGGUCACACCGUGUGCGACGUCCAGCAGAUUGGGGAAACUUUCCGAUCUCAGUUUGCACGAUUAACGGAAGCAGCGGAAAGCAAGAGGGACGCGUUAAAAGCCUCCCAGCAAGAGAUCCAGGAGUACAGGAGGCGCCUGCAGGCCAAAACCGUCGAACUGGACUGCGCUAAAGGCACCAGAGAGGCACUGGAGAAGCAACUUCAUGAUGUGGAGGAUCGCCACAAGGAGGAAAUUAUCCACUACCAGAACACAAUCAAAGAACUUGAAAAUGAGCUCAUAAACUGCAAAUUUGACAUGUCUGGAUAUCUGAGGGAGUACCAGGACCUGUUAAAUGUGAAGAUGGCUUUGGAUGUGGAGAUAUUGUCUUACAGGAAACUUCUCUGUGGAGAGGAGGCUCGGCUCUCCACCAUGUCAGACACCCACAUCUCCCUGCCCUACAUCUACCACCAGUCCCCCAUUUACACCCUGCCCUGCCACAGCCGGCCAGGAGGCCCGCACAGGCGAGUGGAGCCCCACUACAAGUUUGUGGAGGAGAUCAUCACCGAGACCACCAGGGAAAUUGAGAUGUCAGAGUUUGAGGAGACGGGAUCGGAGGAGGAAAAAGAUGAGUGUACCAAAAGAGAGAGAGGGGGCAGUGAGGAAGAGAACGGUGAUAAUAAAGACAGUGGAGAGGAACAAGGUGACCAGAUGUCUGACGGUCAGCAGGAUCAGUCAGGGGAAGAUUCAGUGAAUAGUGGUGAUAACAGGGGUGAGGAGAGCCCAGGUGAGGUGAAUGAUGGUGAAAAAGAUCAAAAUAGAGAAGAGGAGCCGGAGGUCACUGAGGCAGUUGGCGAAAAAGGGGACAGUGGCAUAGAUAAAAAUACUGAAAGUAAAGUUUUAUUGAGUGAGGGCUUUGAUGAGGAAAAGAAAGAAAAUACUGAGAACGAGAAAGAAGCUGCAGUGAUCAUAGAAACAGUUCAGACAGAUCUGUCUCCAAAACCAGCUGAUUUAAAGCCAGAGGUCAUUGUGAAUGGUGAACAGUUAAUAAAAUCUGAAGGUGGGAAACAAGAAGAAGAUGCUGAGGAAGAUAGUUUGGACUCAGCUCAAGCAAAGAAGUCUGUAGAUGAAACCUCGGACAAAACUCAAGAGCCAAGCAGUGUUGAUGAAGUGCAGGAUAAAGCUAAAACCUUGGUUAAAACAGAUUUCACAGCAGAGGCAAAAGGCACUCUGUCCAAAGAGACAGGGGAACUUUUAGAAAAUGGUCAAGUAACUUCAACACCAAAAAAUGUACAAAAGGCAGACAGUCAUGCAGAACCAAAGGAAAUCAGUAAACCUGAUGCUGCAAAUGGUGACGAUAAAGUAGCAAAAAGCCUUCAACAUGCAAAACAUGAAAGCAAUAAAGAUAAAGAUGAAGAGUCAUCUGUUAAAUCUAUGGCAAAAAGUCUUCCAAAAGUGGAGGGUAUGAAGUCAAACAGUGGCGAUAACAUCCAGACAGUUCAAACUGCUUUGCCAAAGGAAAAGACUACUGGGACUGCAGAAAUCAAAGACUUACAUCAGGUGGCAGCAGAGAGCAGUCAGGUUCAGAAAGCAAAGCUGUCUGCAGAAAAUAAAUGAUCCUUAAGGUAAAACUGGGAGGGUGGAGAGUAGAAAGUCAGAGAAAGACAAGGAAAAGUGCACAAAAACCUAAACAUAUCUGCAAUGGAGGAGGAAGAAAGGAUAAGGGACAUUUCCACCUUAAAGACAGAAGCUGAGGAAUGCAAAUAUCAGGGAUAGAGAGACUGAAAAUAGAGAAUGGCUUAUCUGAUGCAAAUGCAAAUUCAAGGCACAAGCUGAGUCAGGCCAAAAGAGCGAAGCUGUAAUUUCUCUUCAAAGUCAAAGUUUUUUAAGGGAGAGAACAUGAUCCUUCUAAAGUUUGCAACAGCUUUGCCUUUGAACUUUAAAUGCAAUGAAUAAAAAAAGACUCUUGACUCACCAUAAAACUAAUGUGGUUAUGAAUUUAAAUGCAGGGUCCACUUUUGGAUUUUUGUUGAUCUUUAUCUGCUUUGGUAUGCGCUGAGAAAUAAAUGCAAUAUCAAAAGAUA